AUGGACCAAUAUGUCGAUCUCGAUGAUGAUGAUGAUGAUGAGGAGUUAGAAUUUAAGCAAGUUAUCCCCAUUACUUAUAAAAUGCCAAAAGUGCCAAAGUACGAUGGUAAUGGUGACCCCAAAAUGCACCUCAUGCAAUAUAAGUUUAUCAUGGAAUUGAGGGUAAGGGGAGAUUGGAACGAGCUCACCACGAUUUUCCUUAAAGAAUACACUCAUAAUCUCCAAAUGAGCAUUAAUUUGAGAGACUUAGAAACGAUUGUGCAAAAACAAGACGAGACCUUCACAGAUUAUAUGGCUAGAUGGAGAGCCAAGGUCAUGCAAAUGAGGAAACGUCCGAAAACAAAAGUAUAUGAGGUAGGGACUGCCAUCGAGGACAAGAUUAGAGAGGACAGGAAGUAUGGGAACCGUGCCGGAGAUUUCAGCAAGUCUGGGUUCCAAGGGUCUAGUCAGUCAGCCAAGACUCUAAGCACCAACAAGAACACAACAACUGUCGCUCUAAAUUUCAGAGCCACUAAUGUGCCACAAAGGAGAUUCUCCAACUUCGGCACUUCUCUUUCUUCAAUGUUCGAGAAAGUAAAAGCAGCGGGUUUGUUGAGACUGCUCGCACCAAGACCUCCUCCAAUAAUUUUGCCAAAAAAUUUUAAUCAGAAUGCAUACUGCCACUUCCACAAAAGCAAAGGUCACACCACUAACAAUUGCUUACAAUUAAAACAUAAGAUCCAAGGUUUAAUUGACAAUGGAAAAGUUACUGAGCCUGAAAAAUUGAGGCCAAGCACGAGGACUAAUCCACUUUCUAAUUUUCGUAACGUGCUGCCUCCUAAGAAUUUGUAUAUGGUAGAGUCAAGUACGACUCCCGAGGAAGUUAUGGUCGAGUUUGAGGAGGAGGAGGUAGAAGGAGAGAAAGAGAUAUUGUUGGAAUAG